AUGGAGGUUCCCGGCCCCGAUGUGGUUUCCAUCAACCCCAGCCCUGCGCUGCACUGGACCCUCAACGGGGAGCCCCGUGGGACCGGGGACAAGCUGAUCAUCUGGGAGUUGUCCUGGGAGCACCUGGACCCCUGGGUGUGCAUGACCAGGAACAGCCAGGGACAGUAUUUCUCUCAGCCUGUGACCACCUCGCUGCCAUGCCUGCGUUUUCAGCCUCAGGAGGCUGCUUAUGGAGAGGAGAUGAUAAGGGAAUUUGCUGAAGUCACCGUGGGUCCCACAGGCACUGAGCCCGUUGAGCCAGCCCCCAUCCUCCCCUUGUCAGGAGGAUUGGCCAUUGGCCUCCUCCUGGCCGGACCUGUGGAGGUCGUGGGCUGA